AAAGUAUCGGUAUCGGAUUGGUAUCGGAUCGGUAUCGGAUCGGUAUCGGAUCGGUAUCGGAUCGGUAUCGGCGAUACCAGCCUGAAUGUUACUCAGUAUCGAAUCGGAAAGGAAAUCGGUGGUAUUGAACAUCACUAAUGGCAACCCUAGGUAUUUGUACUUCCUGCUAUAUCCUAGAAGGAAAUGACUGAAGGCAGAGGCUCUUUUCUUUUCGUUGACGAGGGCCCGUAGUGCCAGAAAACAGCAUCAGAGUGAGAUGUCUGUCGUGUAACUCCAGCUUCUAUUUAAAGUGACAGCACAAGUUUUCCUUAGCUCGGUGUCAUUCAAACAUUUCCUGAUUCUAAUCAAGCGAUCUCCAACACUGCAGGAAAACAACCACACUGCUGUCAACGCUUUGAGCCACCUCACGGCUCAGACGAGGCUGCCUGAAGUCUGGUUUUUGUUUUGCCAUGGAUGUGUACAGGACGGUCGCUUGGGAACGCGUUUAGCUGAUGCAUCACCAUUAAACAGUCCAAUAAUCUGAGAUCUGGCCUCGACCUGCAACUCGGAAAAUACUAACAGGGACGAGAACAACAUGGACGCUCCUCAGUAUCCAGGCUAUCCUUCACACUACUGGUAUCCCCAGUCUCAUUCAACGGGGCACUAUGCAAAUACCUAUCCCUCGGGAUCAGAGGUUCAACCUCAGUACAGUCCACAGGUAAUGCCUGCAGGAUAUCCAAACGGCCAUGGUGUCUACAGCCCAGCGCAGAACCAGUAUUCAACAAGUGGUUUCCACCCGUCCAACCCUUUCUACUGUGCUGACCCUCAGAGACAAGCUCCAGGUCCUUAUUCUAAUCAGGGCUGUCCAGCUGAGCAGAGCAGUGGGCCUUCUGGGCAGCCACACUCUCAACACCACCAACAUCAUCACUAUCCAGGCCCACAUUGUCCAGGGGGUCCUGGAUAUCCUCCUGGUGCGUAUGCUCACUACAGUGAAGGUGGUCAUGCAAUGCCUCCAAACCCCCCAUAUCCCACUGGCCAGGCUGUCCAUCCAAGUCCUCACAGCGAUGGAUGGACGCAUUCUGGUGCAUACGCUCCCCCUUCACAGCAGCAAUGGCAGCCAGGCCAGCAGCCGCCUCAAAACCACUUUGGAAACCCUGUCCGCCCAGCCCAUCCUCCAGCUUGGCCUGGGACUGGAAGUGGGGCUCCACCACCUUACCAACCCAAGGACCAACAACACCAACGUCCCCCACCAGUGGGACCUAAACCCAGACCACCCCAAUCCUCCAAUCCUCAACCCAACGGAAAGCCUGCUGAAAUCAGUUCACCUCCACAAAUGUACAACAAAACCGGUAGAGGUGAACCCAAUCCUUCCCAAGCUGAUCCCCCUCCACCAGCCCCAGCUCAAGCUCCAGCUCCAGCUCCAGGCCAGGUCGGACCCCAGCCUCAAGGCCAUAACCCUGGCUUUGUGAAGGUACAGCAGGUAAUGUCCAGAGUGAUGCUGCUUCAGGAAGAUGUGGACGAGUUUGUUGGCAGAAAGACAGAUAAAGGUUAUCGCUAUCUGGAGGAACUGCUGACCAAAGAGCUUCUGGAGCUGGACUCUGUGGAGACUCGGGGACUGGAGAACGUCAGGCAAGCCCGGAAGGAAGCCGUACAGAGGAUCCAGGCCAUUCUGGACCAGCUGGAGAAGAAGGCCUUCUAAACUGGACAAAUAUAUUGGUUUGUGGGCCACUAAGUUUCUGUUCUCUUCUUCCAGAUCUUCCAUGGAUACAACGAGGGUCUGGUCUUGUUCCUCAGAGCGUUUUUCUAUUAAGUUUUUUCCAUCAACGUAUAAAACACCUGAUGUAGAGCCUAAGGGCAAGACCAAGGAGUAACUGGUACCUGGAACCUUUAAAAGCCUAAUUAUGCUGGUAUAAAUGAUGAGCUGGUGUUAGAAGUGCAGACUGAUGGUUGUACAUAUCAUACUUGACUGACAGCCUCAAUGAGUGACUGCUGGCUGCACAACCUGACACUUCAGCUCGGCUCAUCGUUUAUGUCAUUCCUUUGCCAGCAUAAUGCCGGCGGGAGAUGGAUUGAUUGAGUGCCACAUUAAAACCGGUCGUGGUCUCUACAGAUCCAGAUUAUCUUCAUGCUGUCCCUCAGGAUUGUAGGUUUCUUUCAGUCUGAUCAAACACCUGGUAACACCUGAACUUGGUUAGCCAUCUACUAACACAUUUCAGUCCAUUUGCAUGAACACCAUACUGUCAGAUAGGCCCAUAAGUCACCACUUCUUCUCUGAAGGAGUAGGUGCAAUGCUUUUCCUUUUCCAAAUGUGCUCCAAGCCCCGCAUGCACAGUAACGUCAGGCAAGCACUCGAGACAGCCGUGACAUUUCCGAGCUCAUAAUUGGCCUAGAACGUAGCAGAUUAGUGAAACCCCCUACAGAUUGCUGUCCCAUUUAUUCCAUAUUUUGGAUUAAAUUGCCUCCUAGAAUCAGACCUACAUAUGAAUGCUGUGUAUUUCUCUCCAGGAACUACUGUUAUUACAGAUGUAUAAGUAAAGGUUUAAAUUAAAAGAGAAGUUGUUAAAUGAAGUUCUUUCUAUCCCUUUUUGAACACUUAGAAUAUGUCUAUGAUAAAGCAAGAGAGCUGUAUUUUUCAGAACUAAGUGUUCAGUUGCUGUAAAGGAAUGAUGAUUUGUAAUGUUUUCAUUUUUGUAUGCAUGUUGAACAGCUGUUUGAUUUGUUUCUGUUUCCUGUCCUUGUUAAAUCAAACCCAUAUUUUCAAAAUUCUUUUUGUUGUGUAGAGGAAGUCUUUUGUUUGUUUCCAGUCAUUCUUGAUGUCUUGUUUUAGAAAAAGAGUGCCAUAUGUCAGGAGAUUAUUUUACAUAGGAAGAAGAAGAAAAAAAUAAAAUGAAGAUCACAAGCUUUGCAUGGAAAAAAGAAAUCCCCUGUCAUAUGUGUUCAUUUUCUUGUGCCGUUGAGUUUUCUGUUUGACGGAGCACAAUUGUACAGUUUAACAUGUUAUGCAUGUUUCUAACUCAAGACGGGAAUCUUUGCCUGAUGAAUAUUGAAAAAAUAGAAGAGAAAUAAAUAAUGUUAGUAUAUUUUUCAA